UCGGUCAUUAUGGCUGCUUCCAUCGUAAGGGGACGGUUGUUGCAGAGUUCGCGGAUACGAUUAUGCGAAUAUUUCCCGUACUCUAGCAGUUGCAUUUGGCAGACACACAGACAUGCUAGUUCGGGUAGCCAAACCUCAGAGUAUGACGUCAUCAUCGUCGGUGGGGGCAUUGUUGGCAUGGCCACAGCAAGGGAGUUGAAAAUGAGACAUCCUCAACUUUCGUUUGCCGUGGUUGAGAAAGAAAAUAUCCUGGCGGCCCACCAGAGUGGCAACAAUAGUGGUGUGAUACAUGCAGGCAUCUAUUACACCCCUGGGACCCUCAAGGCCAAGCUGUGUGUGGAGGGACUUGAACUUGCAUACAAGUACUGUGAUGAACAUAAUGUGCCAUACAAGAAGGUUGGCAAGCUGAUCGUGGCUGUAGAGCCAGACGAGAUUCCCCGACUAGACAAACUGUACGAGCGAGGACUUGAAAAUGGUGUGAAGGAUCUUCGAGUGCUGGGUCCGAAUGAAAUCAAGGACAUCGAACCCAACUGUGUGGGCCUUAAAGCCAUCCACUCACCACAUACAGGCAUCGUAGACUGGGGAGUGGUCACCAGAGAUUAUGGGAAAACAUUUGAGAAACUUGGCGGCCAUGUUUUCACUAACUACGAAGUGACCAAGUUUGACGUAUCCAGGGAGAGUGAGGAAGGAAGCACUGGUGGCCUUCAGUAUCCAGUCACAAUAUCGGGAAAAAAUACUCAAAAUAUUGACUUGCGGUGUAAAUAUGUGGUGACGUGUGGCGGUCUGCAGUCAGACAAGUUGGCAGAGAAGUCCGGGUGUAACAGGGAACCACGGAUUGUGCCCUUCAGAGGAGAGUAUCUGGAACUCAUACCCGAGAAAUGUGACCUGGUGCGGGGAAAUAUCUACCCUGUUCCUGAUCCCCGCUUUCCGUUCCUGGGUGUUCACUUCACGCCGCGUGUGGAUGGGAACGUGUGGCUGGGCCCGAAUGCAGUCCUGGCCUUCAAGAGAGAGGGAUACGGAUACACGGAAAUAAACAUACCAGAACUAGCAGAUGCUCUUAGCUUCAGAGGCUUAAGGAAGCUGGCGUGGCGACAUUUAGGGUUUGGAGUGAAAGAAAUGUAUAAGGGGAUUUAUUACAGAGCCCAGGUUAAACAACUACAGAGAUUUGUGCCUUCAUUGAAGUUCUCUGAUGUGAAAAGGGGUCCAGCAGGGGUGCGAGCACAGGCUUUGGACAGAGAGGGAAACCUUAUUGAGGACUUUGUGUUUGACAAGGGUGAGGGAGACCUUGCUAGUCGCAUCCUCCAUGUACGGAAUGCUCCAUCACCCGCUGCUACUUCAUCCCUUGCUAUUGCCAAGAUGGUGGCCGACAAGUGUAAGGAGACAUUCAGCUUGUGAUGGGACUUCCAGGAUUGUGGGCUGUUGGUGACGUGAGGACGUUGGUGCUACCCUGUGACUGAUACAUUUAUCAGGAUGUCACCCACACGUGUGACAGGCAGCAUGGUAGAUUUGUAACCAGUAUUUAACAUGAUUGAUUCAAACUUUCAUAGUUGUGAUAAGCCAUAGCUGAUUUUAAAUAACAAUCAGUUUUGAUCAACCAAAUGUCUCAAUCGUAUUACAGGUUGGUUUUUUUUAUAAAUUUUACAUAAUUUAUGUGAUUUGUUUGAAAUUACCAGAGGUUAUGGGGAUAUUUGAUAAAGCUGGAGCUUACCAAGGUUAUUUGAAUGAUUUAUGUUUAAGAAUCAGUGAUACAAAUAGUAAUGACAUAUCUAUUCAAGAUACAAUUUCUAUUUUCAUAUAUGGUUUUAUCAAGUUUGCUUUUGUAGUUAUCUCAAGAGACUAGGAUGGGAUGAGAAUAUUAGUUGCACAUUAUGUACAACUGGGUAUGUACUAUGAAUUUAUGGGUUUUCUACUUCUAUACACAAAGGUACUUGUUGACCCUUCAUCAUGUGAGUGAUACAAUAUCAUUCACCUGAUAAAGGGGCCAGAUGUAGCCUUGAAACCAGACAAAGAGGCAAAAGGUAACUUCAAAACAUUUUUUCAACCUCAAACCGUAUCACCAUAAACCAGGUGAUUAAAACUAAGAGGCCUUAUUAUAGUUUAGGUGAUAGACAAACUAUGGAGACCUGUUGACCUGACAGUGCCAAAUAUCCCAGAUUUGAUAACAACUUCCAAUUUAGCAAAUCAAGGGUACAGAGUAGUGUCCCUUUGUACAUGACAUUAUCUACAGUAAUGCUCUAGAAGUAGAUAUUGACUAACUGGUGUUUCAAUCUAUAUACAAGGAAACUGACAAAAUAUGAUUAUGACAUGGCAGUUUGUAUGCGUUUGAACAUGCUAUUGACAGUGAACCAAGAGAUCAAUGUGCAAUAAGUUUUAUAAGGACAGUGCUCCAGUCUUGAGGCCACACCCACAAUGUGGGUUUUAGUAACUUCAAGCAAACCUUCUAGGACUGUCAAUUAGUCAGCCUAGUUUACCUGUUUUUGUAACACUUCUAUGUUACAUAUUGUAACCUUUGAAAUAAGGCACGGCAGAUCUGGCUCGAGUUUUCUGCCAACUAUAGCAACAUACAGCAGACAGAAACGUGGUGCUUGUUCCACCUUGUGGCACAUUAUGUGUAGGGCUACAUCAUGUGAGACUCGUUGACAUGAUUGAUUGCUUGUCAUUAUACCUACAGCAUUGGAACAUUGCUCAUAAUAUGGAUUACUAGUACAUGUGGUCCAGAUUUGAUUAUUUACAAGCAUGUCUGAUAUGUCUGAAAUACUGCUGACUGUGGUGUUAAAGAACAACUUAAUUGUGGUACUUCAUAGUGGAUGUCCUUAAACAAACAAAAAACGAAAACACACACACACAUAUACAGAGAAAUAUCAGUGGAAGUUACAAUGUAUGUACCACUGUAUGUAUUAUGAGGAAUAGUUAUUCAUAUAUUUGGUGGUUAUAUUUCAUGUUUUGUUAUCUUAUACCAACAUGAAAACAUUUAGUAGUACAUGUAUAUGAUAUGAAAUGGAUGGUUCCAAUUUUUGCUGCAAAUUUAAAUUUUCAUAAAUCCUAUUGCAACAUGUUAUCAAUAAAAUCAAAUGGAAGAAUGUGGUCCUCUCA